GCCACUCAGUUGUUGUAGUUACCAGGAAGAUUAACCGCGACGAUCAAGUGGCUCUGGUGAUAGCCGCUCGCUAGCCGUUAGCGGGCUUCCGAGCAAUAAAAGGGUCCAGGUGCCAUGUUUAUGCCGAGACACCUGUGAAGAUGCCAGCUGUCAUCCGGGAAAAGGAGGAGGCUGAGUCCCCCACAGAGGACGUGCAAGACAACCAGCCUUGUGUUGCAUGGUGCGGCCUUAACAAGACGGUCCCUGUUCUCUUGUUCUUCCCUGAAGCUGUUGUUUCAAAAGAUGACAGCGUCUGCUCUGUUGGAGAAAGAUACAACAUGGCCUUCAAGAUCGUGCGCACAGAGAGCCGCGUGGUACGAGGAAUACUCGCCAACCAUGGAUUUCGAGAGGUUCACCCAAACAGUAAUAACUUUAACCUCAUGUGGACAGGAUCUCACCUCAAGCCUUACAUACUCCGCAGCCUUCAAGACUUCCAGAAGGUCAACCACUUUCCCAGGUCGUACGAAUUGACGCGUAAAGACCGUCUCUAUAAAAACAUCCAGCGAAUGCAGCAGACGUAUGGCUUCAAAAACUUCCACAUUGUUCCUCAGACCUUUGUGCUUCCCUCCGAGUACCAGGAGUUCUGCAAUUGUUUUGCCCAGGAUAAGGGCCCAUGGAUUAUUAAACCAGUAGCAUCUUCAAGAGGGCGAGGCAUCUACUUGGUCAGCAAUCCAAAUCAGAUUUCAAUGGAUGAAAACAUCUUGGUGUCUCGCUAUAUUAACAACCCACUACUGAUAGACGAGUUCAAGUUCGACGUACGGUUGUACGUGCUGGUAACGUCGUACGAUCCACUUAUCGUCUACGUGUAUGAGGAGGGCCUAGCGAGGUUCGCCACGGUUAAGUAUGACCAGACUUCAAAGAGCAUUAAGAACACAUUCAUGCAUCUCACCAACUACAGCGUGAACAAAAAGAGCAGCUAUUAUGUCAGUUGCGAUGACCCUGAAGUUGAGGAUUAUGGGAACAAGUGGAGUAUGAGUGCAAUGCUGAGGUAUUUGAGGCAGGAGGGGAAGGACACCACAUUGUUGAUGAAACAGGUGGAGGACCUUAUCGUCAAAGCCGUUGUCAGUGCUGAGCUACAUAUAGUCACAGCGUGCAAGAUGUUUGUUCCACACAAGACAAACUGCUUUGAGCUGUAUGGUUUUGAUGUGCUCAUUGACUCCAACCUCAAACCCUGGUUGUUGGAGGUGAACCUCUCUCCCUCCCUGGCCUGUGAUACGCCCUUGGAUCUGAAGAUAAAGGCCAGCAUGAUUGCAGACAUGUUUUCGCUUGUGGGCUUAGUGUGUCAGGACCCGUUAUUGAAACAGCCACGCACUGACCGCAUCACCCUGGACCCCAGCCUCAAACACCCAGCAGGCUCCAGAGCCCAGAAACCACUCUCUGCACCGACAGCCGCCGCCGCCGCCGCACACAGCCGAGUGAAGGCUGCGUCUGCCAGUAACCCAGAGACAGACGGGUCAAGAGAGAAGGAAGGAGCUAAACAAGGUCAAGGGGACAGCACUUUGAGCUUGACUGCCGAGGAGAUCAAGGUGCUGAGAAGGAUAAAGGAGGAGUAUGAAAGACGAGGAGGCUUUAUUAGGAUCUUUCCCACUGCAGAAACAUGGGCGCUCUAUAGUGGAUAUCUGGAGUCCAAGACAUCAAUGAACUACAUGUUGGCGAGCAGACUUUUCCAUGGAAGGAAUGUGAACGGGAAUUUGCAGCUGCAGGUGGACGGCGUCCAUCGCUGUCACGUUGUCCAGUACGAGAGGAAACUGCUGUCUCUCGAGGCACGUAAGAGGAGACAGCGCCACCUGACUCUUCGCUCUGCUGCGGGGAAAAAAAAAGCGGGGAAGGAGUCCAAGGCCUCCUCGACGGAGAGCGGCAGUCAGGAGGGAGAGGACUGCGAUCGGGAGGAAAAAAAGAAGGGGAAACAACUUCUCUCGCCAGUCUCACAUAAGGCUUUGGUAGCAGAGCAAGUAAAACAAGUGGCCACACCACUGGAGCGCUGCCAUGGUGAGGCUCUGUCCAACUCAGAGGCAGCGACACACUCUGCCAAGCCCAGAGUCAACCUGCUCAACAUCCUUCAGCGGGGUUGGGACCUCAGCAAGGUGCAGGCCAGGAUGGCCUUUUCCUCGUACCUUCAGCGAGUCCAGCAAAGACUGUUUGCAGAGAGCAGAGCGAGCGCCAUACCAUCUUGGCCAGAAAAAGACAAUGACCAAAUGGAGCUGGUGAUUCGUUUUCUGAGAAGAGCGGCGAGUAACCUUCAAGAAGACAUUAAGGUGGCGUUGCCCAGUCGCCAGUUACCGCUCCAAGACCGUAGACGCAUCCUGUCCCACCAGCUAGGGGAUUUUAUUCACUGGUACAAUAAGGAAACUGAUCAUAUGAUGAAAAACCAGGAGAAAAGCAAAGAGGAGCGUUGCAUAAACCCCAGUGUAUUUCACGAGUACAUCAGCGCUGCAAGUGAAAAUGAUCUGGAGGAAAUACUGACAUUCUACACUCAGAAAAAUAAAUCAGCCACCGUCUUCCUCGGAACAAAAGUCAAGAGUGUUAAGAAAGAUGAUCGUGAAAUAAAUGUGAGAGGAGAUUCUGGCAACUGUGAGAAUUCCAAAACUCUGUCUGUGGCCAACGAAGAUUCCAGCGCUUCAGAGUCCUCACUCUCCGCAGGGAAAGUCAGCAGUGACCUAGACAUCAAGGCCACGGAGAGACAACCUUCUGUACGUGCGCCGUCUGGAGAACAACAGACAGUGGUUAGACUGAGUAAAGCCCAGCCAGAUGUCCAGGCGUCUCAGCACUGCUCUGGCUUUCCUGAGACUUUAGACUGCACACAUGUUCAUGUGCAACACUGCUCUCCUGCUCCUGAAUCCCUCCCCCUUCACUGUCCACCACCGCCGCCGCCCCCCCAGCCGCCAUCCUAUGCACAAUCACUGGCAAAGUCUCAGUUCUGCCACACCGAAGCUCUCUGUGACCCUCCUGCGUACACCUCGGCCCCAGUGCUAACGCAGCCCCCGAGAACGAUGUGGACAGCUGCGUCCUCUGGCUCUUGCACAGUCUCGACUGGGCAACCGACCCAGGGGCUCAGGAGGAUUCAGUCUUUUACCUCACCCACAUCCGGUGCCGGGGCAGCCUCGUCCAUCCCGAGUGCAACGCACAUCUAUAGUCAGAAGCUCUCAAGGCCCAUAUCUGCAGGUCAAGUCAACAGAAGGAGCAGUUCCAGUAAGCUGAAGUCAAACUCACUGGGGACCUUGAAGGAGUUAACCUCCCUGUCUGCCCAAGCUCAGUCCAACCAGCAGGCCUUUAUUUCAGCCCUGCAAAAUCUGGCUGACAAGCAGGUUGCUCACCAGUAUGCCAGCUCCAGCCACAUCAACCUGCUAACACAGCACUUGACCAAUCUGAACCUGGCCACCAGGAUGCUCGGCAGAGACUGCUUAACACUGAACCCUAAAGUACGUCACUCUGUCGCUAUGACCCAAGGGCCAGUGAAAGCGGUUCACUCUGGAACAGAUUUACUCGGCAGCACUGUCCACAGACCACUAAAGCAAGGUGAGGCUCUUUGGGAUGGGAACACGCAGGACACCUCCAGCAUGCUGACGGGAGUGAAACCCCAGCAGUGCCUCCAGCCCGCCCAAGGAAGCUACCAGCUCCAGUUUGCUAUUCAGCAACUGCAACAGCAGAAACUUCAGUCUCGACAGUUCCUGGACCCGAGCCAAUGCAGACACCAGGCCCAAUCGACUGACCCCACAAGUGAUCCACACAUCCAGGCCCCCACGAGGUCAUCCAGCACUCACGAAUGGCCCAGUCACGGCAACGGCCACAGCAAUCAUGUCCAGACCUUUGUCGGCCCUGUUCUCGCCCCAAAGCCACCCAGCAGUGCUCGAGAGGGACAGACCAGGAAAACGGCAACAAAACGCCUCAAGCAGACGUCCUCGGAGAGUUCAGCCAGUGGAGCCGUGACCGGCAGCCAGCACAUGGUCUACGAAGCCAUCUGCAGUAAAACAGGUCUCUCCGUGUAUCGCAAGCUGUUCCAGGGCCGGGAGCCCAGUCACAGAUGACAGGAAGGCCACCAGAGGCACAUCCCACCGCUCUGCUGCCCCGACAGGUGCCUCUGCAUGUAACCGCAUCCUCGCAGAGGUGUAUUCUGGGAGAGGACAACAGCCACGGAUGAAAGCAUGCCAGACCUCGGACAGGGUCCUAUUAAUUUCCCAGCGAUACGGCCGCAGACAUGCCACAGGAGAGUCUGCCAGGCCAGGAAUUCCCUGCUUUGACGCAGGUUGGGAUUUUGUUGCGCAGCAUAACAUCAGAUGGCCUUUUCAGCCCCACACACACACACACACACUCCACCUCCUCAUCCACACUGGCUGUACUCGCUCUGAUUCUCUCCGUGCUACAGCACUGUUGUCACUCAGAGGUUUCAUUGACAGAUAGACGUCACCAGAUGGUGAAAAAAGCCCCGCUGGUAUUUUGACAUCAGGAUUCAACAUUGCUCAUGCGGAGCAAGGCAGAGCCAUUCAGGAAGAUAUUUGUUCUUUCUGAAAUGUUACUCUGACAGUCGAGACGGAUGAUUUUCAGACGUAGGUAGCACAGCGAUCGCCCGAGCAGUUUGUUGUAUCGCUGCCAUGAAUGGUGAGUCCAGUCACAUGUGGUUUCAGGGUUUACUGAAAACCAAACAGUUGCCACGUCAGAUUCUAUGGCCGUCGUCUAAGGUUGUAUUAAAGUAGACACCCUUCAAUUGUGAGCUUGAUGAACUCUGGCUGCUUGUUUGCAAGCAUGAUGUAACGCGACUGGGGUUUUCAGCGUGUGAUUUUUCUCGUAAACGGAGCCGUUGAUGUUAUUUUCCUUUCGGAGUGACCAAAAUGAAUAUAUUUGUUAUAAUGAGUAAAUUAUGGUAAUUGCAUCAGCACGUAUUUAUUUUAUUACACUGUCCUCCUGGCCGUUGCUGUAGCUAAGAUCAGGAUUUAGAAGGUUGACGCUGCACCGGCAGACCAAUAUUCUUCUUCUGGACAUUUUCUUUUUCUUGGGACCAUAUAGUGAAUUCACUCAGGGCACUUUAAAAAGAACAAUAACAUCUCUGUUAAAAACCCACAGACUUUGUCAGAAAUACUUGAAUUUUAAUGCAUGCAUUUGUCGUAUCAGUCCAGAGUGUGGACAGCGUGCAUUGUCAAUGCUGAACUGAUGGUAUUUUUCAUGUAGUGAUCGAUCAAUGUUGUGGAUUUACGAACUUCUGUUAAAGCCAGUGCACGCUGUAUUACCUGAAUCCACCAGUUGAGUCCAAAUCAGUGUGUAUAAUCUCCUGUGGUGUUACAGCAUUGUUUACAGUUUGGUAUUUGAAUCCGUUUCGUUGAUGCUGAUCGUUUACAAGUGUAUCAUAUUAUUUUUUUUCAGAAUCCCGUUGGCAGUUUGUAGCAAGCAACGGCGACUAGAAAAACACGAAAACGCGCUGCUCGUGUCAGAAAAUGUAUUUGUUCGCCACAUUCACUGGAAUCACUGCACAGAAUGUGUUCACGCGGACAAAAUGUACCCGCCGAAAAUAAACGGGAAAAACAUAGA